AUACGAUCUUACUCUCUAUCUAAUCUUCGACUCGAUUACUAUAUGCACCCAAUGUCCCAAUUACUACCCACCCCUAUGCUAUAUUAGUUAAGUGUCAAUUCAAAUACUUAACUAGCUAAUGAUCUUUAAUUAAGAGGGAAUUAAUGGGUUACGAAUGGCUGUGAGAUGAAGAGAGUGUUUUCUUUCUUUCUUGGCAACCAGCUGUGAAAAUUUUAUAUUUCUCCAUCCCACUUGCCUUUCCCUCUCUAAUGAAUGACUGACUGCCCUCAACCCCACCCAACCAAACUCUUCUUCUCAAAAUUUGUAGAUUCCUAAUUUCCUCUGCUUUUCCACCCCCCAAACUUUCCCCUUCUCCCUCUGGUUUCUAUAAAUUCUUCUUCCGAUACCUUCUUCUUCCCUUCCCUUCUCCCCUCUUCUCCCCCUCCUUAGCUUUACAGCUUUUACUCUGCCCCUCCUUUCCCCCAUCCCUUUAAGAGCGUAAGCUCUGCUCUUUUUCCCCUAAACCUCCAUUGCUCUGUUUUCCCCCAAUUCCCCUGUUUUCCCCUGAAAAUUGAUGCUGCAGAGGUUGAAAUUGAUGCUCGAGACUCAUGUCUCCCGUUCUCAGUGAAAUCCUUCGUUCUGGGUUUAUGGUCGAUUCCUCGCUCAGGCGAAGGACCCAUCUCGUUCAAUCUUUCUCAGUUGUCUUCCUUUACUGGUUCUAUGUUUUCUCAUAAACCAUCUCCCCCAUCCCCUGUUCCUAUAGUACAGAGCGUACUACUAAGCUAGCAACAAUAUUCAUAAGUAUUAUUACUAUACCCAGAAACUAUUACCAUCUGGGUCAGUCCUAACGAAAAAAAAAAAAAAUCUCUCCCAGCAGCUAUAAGGAGAGACUAGUUCCAAUUGUAGAUAAAUUUGCAGCCGAUCGUAUUUGGGUUUUUGUUGUUGUUGUUGUCCUGUUUUUUACUAUUACUGUCUCUGUUAAUGGCGUCUUCCAGCGGGAAUUCCUCCUCCGGCGGCUCAUCGGCCCUGCUGCAGAACUCCGGGUCCGACGAGGACCUGCAGCAGCUGGUGAUGGACGAGAGGAAGAGGAAGAGAAUGCAGUCGAAUCGAGAAUCGGCGCGGCGGUCGCGGAAGAGGAAGCAGAAGCAUCUCGACGAGCUGAUGGGGCAGGUGACUCAACUCAGAAAGGACAAUAGCCAGAUCUUGACCGCCAUCAACGUCACUACCCAGAACUAUCUCAACGUCCAGGCAGAGAAUUCGAUCCUCCGCGCCCAGAUCGUCGAGCUCAGCAACCGCCUCGAUUCCCUCACCGAGAUCCUCGAUUUCAUCGGAAACAACAACGCCGCCGGCGGCGGAGGGAAUGGGUUCUUUGAGGGGGAUCAGAUGAUGGAUCAUUUCCUCCAGCCGGAGGGUUUUCUGAUCAACCCGUUGAACUCGAUUUACCUCAACCAACCGAUCAUGGCGUCGCCGGACUUGUUCCAGUACUGAACUAAAAAAGAGGAAAGAAACGAAUUUGGGAAGAAGACAAAAGAAAUUGGAAAUGAAACGUAUUGAAUGGACGGUGGUGAUUGGAUGUUGGAAUGUCCUUCUGUUGUUUCAUCGGACGGUGGUGGUGAGUUGUUCUGGUACGCUGACGUCUAGAACAAUGAGUGGACCCCAGGAAAGAGGGAGUGAAAAUGGGUAAAAGGUAUAAGAUUGGGGAUUGUAAUGUAAUGGGUAUAAGAAUUGUGGGCUGAAAAUGUAAAAUGUAAAAGCAUGAUCACCCUUGGAUGGAUCUGUGUGUCUGGACUGGAGGCUCUGGACUUAUUAAUUUGGCCACUCUCUGCCUCGCAAGUGGCUAAUUAAUAUUAUUAAUGUUAAGUAUGGUUUGUGGUGUGUUUAGUAAUUAUAAAUCCCUCUUGAUUUUUGAACUCUGCGCUGGAUUCAUCGUUAACAUUUAGGUGAAAGUGACCAAUUGAACCAAGUUUUCGGUCAUUAUUGAUUUGAUUAAAGGGCAUACUUAGUG